UACGUCACAUUUUUUUGAUUAAUACUUUAGAACUCUUGACAUAUAGGUGUCUAUUAUGUUAAAGUUACAAGUUUUAAAUACACUCAGAUCAAUCGCUGUCACCAACUGCAAGCGAUCAUACCUUACGUUGCCAUACGUCGCGAAAGUUACUCGAGCAAAUUGUAUAGAAACCAUUGUACAAAGCAGAAGAACGCAAGCCAAGAAUUUAUUGUCAGGUGGCAAACGAUACUCGUGUAAGAAGCAAGCAUAUUCGACAAUGAGUGUGGAUAUUACUUUAUAUACAUUACCCAACAAUCAGCCUGUUGUUACAGUAGAAUGUGAAACUGCAUUUAAAACUUUGACACAAAAUGAGAAAUUAUAUGCCCAUUAUUUGAGUCAAGCAGCGUGGAACGGAGGGUUAAUAGUAUUGAUACAAACAUCGCCAGAAUCGCCAUUGAUAUUUGCAUUGUUACACAAGAUUUAUCUAGCAGAACCUAUCGAUGAAUUGAAAAAUGCUGCCACAUGUGCCAAUGUUACUGAAGAUGAAUUUACGGCUUUUCUAGUUUACAGUUGUGGAAUAUUUGCUAAUGCAGGAAAUUACAAAGCUAUGGGUGAUACCAAAAUUAUUCCCAAUCUUCCUAAAAAUGCAUUUGAAACAAUAGUGAAAGCUUCAAAAGCCUAUAAGGAUAAUUCCACAGAGAUACAUGAUAUUUGGGACAAUAUAUCAAAUGCCCUAUAUUCCUUAGAUGGCAAGUUGAAGUCAUUAGGAUUAAAUGAUAAAGGUAUCACAACUUAUUUCUCUGCAAACUGUACUAAAGAGGAUGCAGAUAAAGUUAAUGCAUUUAUGGAACAUAAGGGACUAGAAUCCUAUAAUGCAAGAUGCUUCAAGACAACAAUACACGAUCCUGCAGCUAAUGAUAAAUCCAUUGAUUUAUAUGAGAUCAAGCUGGCAUCUGUGGAGACUUCAGAUGAUCCUAAAAUAACGCUACCCGAAGAAACAUUUGAAAAUGCUAGAUUUAAAAUCACGAGAGGAGAUUAUAGUAAACUUUUGGUGCCUGUUGUGGAGAACCUCAAAAAAGCCAAAGAAUAUGCAUCCAAUCAGAUUGAGAAAGAUAUGUUGGAUAAGUACAUUGAUCAUUUUAGAACAGGAUCUUUGAAUGAUCAUAAAAAUGGUUCUCGUCUUUGGAUAAAGGAUAAAGGACCAGCUAUCGAAACUUACAUCGGCUUCAUUGAAACAUAUAGAGACCCGGCAGGUCAACGAGGAGAAUUUGAGGGUUUCGUGGCAAUGGUAAAUAGAGAAAUGUCUGCGAAAUUCGCUACAUUGGUUAACAGAGCUGAAGAAUUGAUUCCUAAAUUACCAUGGAAUAGCGAUUUUGAGAAAGACACAUUUUUGAGGCCGGACUUUACCUCCUUGGAUAUUCUGACGUUCGCAGGUUCUUGUAUUCCAGCGGGAAUAAAUAUUCCAAAUUACGAUGAAAUCAGGCAAUCGGAAGGUUUUAAAAAUGUAUCUUUAGGAAACGUUUUACCCGCGCAUAUGAAGGACAUCAGCAUAAUUCCGUUUCUGUCUGAAACCGACCAAGCGUUAAUGCACAAGUAUAGAAUAACUAGUUUCGAAGUGCAAGUUGGUUUACACGAGCUUCUCGGCCAUGGUACCGGUAAAUAUUUCAAACAGAUAGACUCGAAUAGCUUCAAUUUCGAUCGCGACAGCGUAAAGAAUCCUCUAAAUGGAAAAAAGAUAAAUAAGUACUUUCUAAAAGGAGAGACCUACGACUCCAAAUUUGGUGCUAUGGGAUCUUCGUACGAGGAAUGUAGGGCAGAGGCGGUCGGUCUUUAUUUGAGCUUGGAAAAGGAAGUGUUGGAUAUAUUUGGUUAUGAAGGAUCUGAAGCAGAUGACAUAGUCUAUGUGAACUGGUUGUCUCUGUUGUGGGCUGGUUUUGCCAAGGCCUUUGAGAUGUAUCAACCAUCCACUGGGACAUGGUCGCAAGCUCACGCUCAAGCACGCUAUGUUUUGCUUAGAGUGUGCCUAGAAGCAGGACAGGAUUUUGUUAAUGUUGUUGAAACCGAAGAAGGAAAGAAUCUUUUAAUGACUGUAGAUCGAAGUAAGAUCUUCACGGUCGGUAAAAAAGCUAUUGGAGAUUUUCUCUUAAAAUUGCAAGUUUAUAAGAGUAUGGGAGACAUUGAGUCAGCUAAGGAAAUGUAUGACAGAUAUAGCGAAGUGCCUGAAAAUGGACCACAUCCAUGGGCUCGCUGGAGGAGCAUAAUUCUGUCUCGCAAAGAGCCAAGGAAGAUCUUUGUUCAAUCAAAUACAUUUAUUGAUGGUUUUGAUUCUAAUAAUGUGGUGCUGAAGAAUUAUGAAUCCUCAUUUACAGGACUUAUUCAAUCGUGGAUAGAGAGAUUUCCAAAUUUAGACACAUCUCAAACACUAAUAGAGCUUUGGAAUAAAGAUAAACAUCAUUUUGUAUCGACAAAUAAUUAAUCAGAGCACCUGUAUCUGUGAAUUCAAUUGUUGAAAUUUUAAAAAUUCCGCGAGCAGCGUCUUCAUAUUUAUUAUUCAUAUGGAGCUAAAACAUAUUACAGUAUUUAAAAAUAUUGAGUUCUGUAAUACUUUAUUUCUAUAGAUUAACAAUUAUAUAUACUGCGUGCAAAAGUUUAACUAUUUAUAAAGUUAUAUCCACACGCGAAUAGUUAUUGUAUGAACAAAAUGAUAUUAUGUCUAGCAUGAUUAUCGCUAAAUACUAUUUGCCCUUGAUAUGCUAAGUUUUAUAUAUUUUUCUAACAUGUGAAAUUUUGUACACAUACAAUUUAAAUGAAACUUGAAUAGCUAUAUUUAGCGCUAAAUGUGCAUUGCGAAUAUGAGAAAAAAUGCAUUUAAAAGCAAAAAUAUUUCGAGUUUGUAUGGAACAUAUAAGAAUAUAAUU